AUGCAGCCAAAUGCAAAAACGAAAUUGCACGGUUUCAGCGACGCGUCUGACGAUGCAUAUGGCAUAUCAUUUUACAUACGCGUUGAAACUAUUGAAGGAGAAAUCGAUACACACCUAGUGUUUUUGAAGAUCAGAGUUUCACCCACGACAAAAGCGACAGUGCCGAAACUGGAAUUGAGCGCUGCUCAUUUGAUGGCCAAAAUGCUAUCGAGUGUCAGGGAAACCCACGAUGUGGCCAUGAAUGAUUGCUAUUUGUGGUCGGAUUCGAUGAUCGUGCUGCAUUGGAUCCGGAAAAGUCCAGCCAAAUUGGAGGUGUCUCAAGCAAACAGAGUUGCAGAAAUCCAAGAGCUCACUGAAGGAGCAGCUUGGGCCCAUUUCGCCACCAAAGAUAAUCCAGCAGAUUUGUGUUCAAGAGGCGUGUUACCAAGUAAGUUGAUCAACACCAAGUUAUGGUGCCAUGGGCCCUCUUGGUUACGAUCGCCGCAGCCAUCGUGGCCGGAAAGCAAGCUCAACCUCAGCCAACACGAUGCCAAGAUCGUUGAAUCGGCUACGAAAAAUGCAAAACCAGUGAUUGGUUUCUCCCAUGCUGAACCCGAGCAGACGACCACCAAAACUGUCCGACUAGGAGGAGAAUUGGUCGACAUCGGAUUGCAACAGGCCAUCAAGAUUAGCACGUGUGACUGCCUACGUCUUGCGAUUCAUACACAACACUUGCAACAAAUCAAAUCGACUCACCGGAGCCAUAUCCCGUGA